AUGGCGAGUUAUCUGAACAACUUUGAGAGAAAGUUCGUGCCGGAAAAGAUCGACAAGGAAAGGUACGACAUGUACGAGACGGGGAAGGUUGUGUUUCGGUUGCGGAAAAUGUUCGAGGAACGAGCGUCGCAGACGUUGGAGGAAACGAGGAACGCGAGGUUGGGAAACCUGUCCGUGUUUUCGACGAAGCGGAGCGUGAAGAAAGACGUGUGGCCCGGGAUGUACGACGUGUGCACGUCGGGUGUGCAGACCGCGAUAGAUUUCGUGAAGUGGGAAGAUCACGGACGGACGUAUUUUGAUCCCUACGCGCAAUGCGCGAUUCGCGAAAUCGAAGAAGAACUCGGAAUUUCAGGCGUAAAGUUGUCCAUCUACGCGCGCUCUCCCGCGGAAAAAAGUAAGCAGUUACAACCGAUACGAAAAUUUACGUAUAGCGAUAAGUACAUGAACAUAUUUGGUCAGUGUUACAAGUUGGAAUUUGACGCGGCGGCGGAGAAUGAAAUGGCCUUCCUCGACGGCGAAGUGCAAGAAGGAUCCGGCGUGUGGUUGCCGCUGCGAUUGCACGACGAUGAGGAGGAAUUAGUAAAACUGAUGGAUAGUUUUGUACCAGUUGGAGCUUUGUGCUGCGCGAGUUUUUUAGAACUCAUGGCAAAGCUCGACAGCGUUGAUUAUACGAAUUUUACGAAAAAUUCCGAAUGGAUCGACUCAUGGACGUCGCCUACAUGGAAAGACAGAUUUGUAGCGUAG